UCCUUCUUCCGGUCUGAAGGCAAACUUCCGUUCCAGAAGUGACAACAUGACGGCGAGCACUUGAGGGAUAAGCCAGUUUUGUAGACGUAAAUAUGGCGCAGGAGAGCGAAACCGGAGAUGCGGACAGAGGCAGCGGAGACUCCGUGACGCGAGGCCCGGGCGGAGGCGUGAGGAGUCGGCGGCGCUCCGGAGACACCGCGGAGCAGGUGCGGGCCGUGAAGGCGGCGCUGAUGGACGCUCUGGGACCUCAUGAGCGGCUCGUCAACUACCUGCAAGCGGUGCUUUUGUGGGAGAGACCUGUCCACAGCGUGCUUCUGUACACACUCACCAACUGCGGCUUCUGGUUCUUCGCAUUGAGCUCGUUCAGGCUGCUCUUCCUGUUGGCAUUGGGACUGGCUCUGGUUGUGUGCGUUGACACGUGGAGGAACCAGAUUUGGCCCAAGAUCAAAGUGAAGCGACUGGAUGAAGGUGAAAAUGAAAGUUGGGGUCUGGUGCAGCCCGGCACCCUGAGCGUCCCCGAGUUGUGCCACCACAUAGCCGAGGUUUGGGUGAGCGGAGCCUCGUGUGCUGCAGAUCUCAUGGAGUUUAAACGACACAACCCUGGCCAGUUCUGUGUACUGGUGUGUGGGCUGUUCUCUUUCCUGGCCAUGGUGGGGCGCUACAUCCCCGGAUUAGUCCUUUCUUAUGUCGCAGCGUGGGGCGCGUUGUUGUGUCCGCUGGCGAUUUAUCACCGGGUGUGGCCGCGCGCGUGCGUGAGGCUGGAGCCGGCCCUGCAGUGGCUGGACUUCAGCGUCAAAGGCUACAUGAUGUCCAAGCCCAUAGACAACCAGUUCCUUCGUCGACCGAUCAGAAGCGGCACCUCGGGCGACGCCAGCGACAGCGAGGAGGAGCUAGCUGCCUUCUGCCCGACAUUUGACGAGGCAGCGUUUGAUAAGGAAUUAGCCGUGACUGAUUCGGAGCACUCGGACGCAGAGGUGUCGUACACGGAAAACGGCACCUUUAACCUGUCCAGGGGACAGACUCCUCUCACCGAGGGCUCAGAGGAACUCGACAGGCACAGUGACCCAGAAGAGUCAUUCGCGCAGGACCUCCCAGACUUCCCGUCUAUAAACCCAGACGCCACGCUGAUGGACGACGAUGACGACCCCAGCCUCGGGCUGCCCAGCUCGGCCGGCGUCUCCGGCCAUCAUCGCGCCUCCGCCUCCUCCGCUUUGCUGGACCUGGACACGCAGCUGGACUCGGACCAGGACGACUUCGACACCGACCUCUCGCUCGGCGGCUUUACCAUGAGCUCCGACAUCACCGGCGAUCUAGCGGGUAUCCUGGCCAGCAACAUGAUCCAGGCGGCUCUCUCGGGGGCCAUGCAGGCUCCGCGCAGAUACAGGAAACAGUCGAGCUCAGAGCUGGACCCGGACCUGGACCAGGACCAGGACGACUUUGAGCUGCUGGAUCAGUCCGAGCUCAACCAGAUGGAUCCUGUAGGGGGAUCAGGGGCGAGAGGAAGCGGCCAGAACAGAACACGGGGAUCCGGCUUCCUGUCCAACCUGCUAGGGAAGCCACAGUGAGCCGUGUGUGUGUGUGUGUGUGUGUGUGUGUGUGUGUGUGUGUGUGUGUGUGUGUGUGGUCUGAUACACACCUACCUAUAGCAACACCUUCUACCUGUUCUCUAGAGCAUACUCACAGGUGUACUUCUAGGUGUGUGUCUUGCACGGGUCACGAAUGUUGUUGUAUCUGAGGUUCCGCUAGUCGGUGGCUCCAGUCGAUCACUGUGAAGUUGUUUUUGUUUUCUCGGAUGUUUCCCCGUUUUCCCCGACUCUUUUCUUUCGUAGGCACAGCAAUAGCACACCAGGACCGGGAGAAGUAUUACAGAAACCAGCAAAGCAAACGCCAAAACCUUUUAACAGCAUCCGAAAGGUAACAAACCGAGCCUUAUUUCUAAACCUCUCCAACGGCAAAAAUUCUGUACAGUCGGCGUGGUUUAAUGUCGAUCCACUCGCGAUGGGACCAAUCCGCCACACAUUCCUGUAGAGACGCCGGAGAUCACGCGCACCUCCAAGAACGCAGCACGCGGUCAGGCGUCGGCUCGUGACCGCGUCCACGAACGCUGCCGAACGACGAUCGAGGCUCGAUUAGAACGUACCGUAAUCCUCAUUUACCCUGCUUCCUGUUCGACGCUAAGCCGGGGGGGGGACCCCCCGAAUAUUUCGAGCUCAGAGGUCAGUAACUUCAACUUCGCCAGUAUGUCCUGCACCACAAAAAAAAAAAGGUUAUAAAAUAAAAUAUACAGCAUUUCUGAGAAGCACUUUACAGCGAUGACCCUCUUCACGACCGCACAGGAGCGGGGUUCGGGUCCUCACGGCCCUACUCCGUUAGAACCGUUAACGGUAGCAAGCAACGGCGGAAAUAUCGAGAAGGAGGUAACUAGAGCGUCUUCCUAGAAAUGCACGCAACCCGAUUAAAGAUGUUUACCAGCGAACACGGAACAAGACGGAAGCCUGGAGUAACUCAUAACCACCUCUUACAACCGCGGUGAGCAGAAAAGCAUCUCCGAGCCGGCGGUACAUCGGACCCCGAGGCGAACGGAGCACAACGAGAGAAGACCACAUGAGGUAGCGCCGCUCUAAGCCGAGAACAGGAAUCUGAGCACAGAAUCCGGACAUCUGAGCGUUUGAAAAAUCUCACCGUGCGUAGGAAAACCCAAACCCGAUACCGAAGCCAACACCCGAGAGGGACGCGGAUAUAACGCCGACGUCUCCGACGUCUGAUCCAUCUCGAGUCUGUUUACGUAUUUCACCCGCAGUCUUGAUUUAAAAGCCCACCUCAUGCUGACGUUCCCCUCGGUGGAGUUUUGAGAUGAAAUCUGAUUGACGUGUACACCGCAGUGUGUGUGUGUGUGUUAGUAGGAGUAGGAAGCAGUGUGGUGUCAUGCAGUGAUGCUUCAUUUGCUCGUUUGCUGUGGUGUUGGUUUUUUUUUUUUUUUUUUUUUUCUCCUUCCUUCGAUGACCUGCUCACGUCAUUUUUGUUUCAUCCUUCUAUAGUAGAUCUGCAGUAUCGUGCGCUCCGGUUUGAUUCUUGCUGUACAGGUGAAAUGUCCUGAUCUUCACCAUAGAUGUGCGUAUAGAAAUGUAUCACAUCGUCGUCCCGUGUACAGCGCUACACUGGCUUCUACAGACGUCACGCGACCAUAUUC